AAAUAAAUUGCAUUUUGUCCAAUUGCUGUUGUCAAACAGAGAAAAUCCAGCUGAAUCGAUUGUACGAUGCGUUCAAAAUUAUGAACAUGUAAGACAGAUAGUUCGAUGUAAUAUACAAGCGCUGCUUGCUUGAAGUUUAUCUGAGACAACUUCGACUAAAUCGCAAAGUGGACAGUGCCACUUUAGGAUUCACAGCAAAGUGGUUCACUGCAUUUUUUGAUUAAAAAUCUCAUUAGAAACGCUGAGACUGUAUAGCUGUACUAACACAUUAAACGACAAAUCAUUAGGUAUGAACUACCCACUAAUUAGUGCAAAUUAAUUAAUUAAACAAUUAAUUACGGUCUCUUACUAGCAGAAUGUGCUUGUCUAUGUUUGUCAAAUUAUCCAACAAUCAGAAUUAUAAUACAUAAUAUUUGCGUCAACAAGAAAUUGAUUUUGUACUAUACAAAGGGAAUUGGAAGAUUAUUUAUGUUAAUAGUAAAUUUUUCUUAAUAGAGGGCGCAGGAGAACGAAGCACUAUUGGUUGAAAGCAUAAGCUAAUCAAAGCCUGAGUCUUUCAUCAUUUUUUGCUGAAAUGAUGGUUUUAUUUUGCUAAUUGCUUCUCUCAUGCAAUACGAAGCUGAAUUCCACUAUGCUUUCGCAAGCAGUAUAGUGACUUUACUUAGUGUACAACGGGAUUUGUUGCACUACCAGUAAAUCUACCUUUUGUCUCUUGAACCAACAGUUUUGUGGUUUAGUGUUCUCUUCGUAUGUCUGGAAUUAAGUACUUUCAAAACCACCGCGGACUGACCGUACGAGUUGAUCAAUCUAUUGCAGCUUUUGUCUUUGCUUUUAGAGAACAAUGCGGAAUUUACAACUGUCUUAUAUAAAAAGUAUUUUGUUUUCUGAACUAAAUGUUGAAAAUGUUCACCGUACGGCUUAUGACAGUGAUAAACAAAUCUUCUACAUUUCAACUGAUCAUAUUAUUUACUCAUUUGAUGUCGAUAAUGAUGAUGAUAAAAGUUUAAGACAAGCUUAUGAGACGCAAGAACAUUCAAUUGAAGAUUUGUGUUAUGUAUCCGAGAUAAAUUGUUUAUGUAUCGCCUUAUCCAAUGGUGAUUUACUAUCGUAUAUAUGUGACGAUAAUAUCGAAAAUAUAAUCGGUACUAUGGACACAAAAAUACACGCAAUAACCCUGAGCCCGGAUCAACAAAUAUUAACAAUAGUUAGUGAUACUAAAUUAUUGUUAUUAUCAGUAAUGAAUGAGUUUGAACCGAUUGCAGAAAUAAAUUUUGAUACGAAUGAGUUUGGUUUACAACAAUUCGUUAACGUUGGAUGGGGAAAACAAGAAACACAGUUUCACGGAUCACUCGGUAAGAAAGCAGCGUUAUUGCCAACGUCCAUGGGAACGAAAAACAUCUUCUCAUUUGACGAUUGUCGUACAAAAAUAUCAUGGCGUGAUGAUAGUGAUUAUUUUGCUGUAUCAUUCAUAUCAAAACAAGAACAAUGUCGUAUGAUUAAAAUAUACAAUAAACAGGGACAAUUACAAGCGACAAAUGACCAGGUAUUUAAUGGUUGUUUAGAACAUUCAUUUGCAUGGAAAUUAAGUGGAGAAUCGAUUGCAGUACCAAUGAGAAUGAACAAUGGACAAAAAUCAACAAUUAGUUUUAUGGAGAAAAAUGGUUUGAAACAUGGCGAUUUUGAAUUAGUGAAAGAAGAUGAAAAGGAAUAUCAUGUACAACAUAUUUGCUGGAAUAAAGAUUCAACAAUUUUAUGCAUUGUAUUGCAUACGGCAGAAAGUAGUGUUAAAGAUAAACCGGAGCGUAAUAACUCAAGUAAAGGAUCAUCCGUACUGCAACUAUGGUCGACAAACAAUUAUCAUUGGUAUUUGAAACAAUGUUAUAAGUUUGAAUCACUUCAAAUUCAAACAAUUCUCUGGGAUAUGGAAUCAACAAAUAGGAUUCAUUUCAUUUUCGACAAUGGUCAAUAUCGUACAAUGACUUGGGUGUGGGUUACGAACAUUAAAAGCGCUGAUAAUCGUACAUUAGCUUGUGUUAUAGAUGGAAAAAAAUUGAUGGUCACUGAUUUUACUCACUCUUCCAUACCGCCACCAAUGUGCACAUAUACAAUCAUGUGUCCAUCAACGAUUCAUUCUGUUGUAUCGAGCAAUAACAGUAACGAUCAGCUAUUAUUUGCUCUGUCAAACGGUGUAAUUGCUUUGUGUAAAUCCUCGUUACCAUCGUCUGACACGGUUUCUGGCUAUGAAACAAUAAAACAUUUGCCUGAGAUAACAGCUCAUUAUAUCCAAUCUGUCAUAAAAAUAGACUCUAAUAUGAAUGACUGCACUCAUUUUACAUUAUUUAAUGAUCAGUUAUAUUACAUCGAACUAUCUGUCUUACAUGUUCAUAAUUUUGAACGCAUCGUACAAUCGAUUCAGCUGGAUUUUCUCUGUUUGACAACAGCAAUUGGACAAAAUGCAAUUUAUUUUGAGAGUACAAAUGGCGAGAUAUUCUAUCUGAAUGAGAAACAACAAAUUAAAAUAGUAUCAAAAAUACAAUUUCCACGACGAUGUCCACAAUUUUCGAUUGUCAUACAAGGAAAUGACGAAAAGUUUGUCGGUUUAACUGAUAAUUAUCGUUUAUAUUUAAACUCGAAUGAACUGCUACACAAUUGUAAUUCAUAUUUUAUACAUGAUCGAUCAACGAUUGCUUAUUCAACUCUACAACAUCAAAUUGGUUUUAUUUCUUUAACCAAUAGCAACAACACUCAUCAGAACAAUGUUAUUGAUACUAAAAGACGAACUGGUAAGUGA